GCAAUAACAAAACGUUUCGCCAUCACAAAAUUUGACGUAUAUUCACUUGACAUUUCUUAAUUUGCUAAAUGUUCAAUUUCGUCAAUACUUUAAUGUAUUAUUGUUACUGAAUUCUGUUAAUAAACGUGAAACAUGUUUUAAUCUUGGACCAUCUUGGCACAACAGAAAUUGAAUUACACAGAGUUGAUACAAGAUGUCUGAGAAGCUUACACUAGGGCAGCGGGUGAAGGUGGUGGGCAAGGACGUGAAGGGCUCCGUGGCGUACGUGGGGCACCCUACCUUCGCCACCGGCAAGUGGAUCGGGGUCAUCCUGGAUGAGCCUAAAGGGAAGAACAACGGGACUAUCCGGGGACAUGCCUACUUUACUUGCGAUGAAAACUAUGGCGUAUUCGUCCGCCAGACUCAAAUCCAACUGCUGGACGGUGAAGACAACCCCAUGGAGACCUCCACAACCUCUGUGGACGAGCCCCGCGCCCCCGCCGCCAACCGCCGGCUCAGCAGUAUCACAGUGGCCCAGCGCUCUAGACCCACCACGGUGCGCCGCAAGACGGCGCCGACGGCGAAGGGCACUCUCUCCAUAUCGAGUUCACGAACGUCACUGGCGAGUAGUCGGCAAUCGUUGACGUCAUACGCCUCGCCGACGACCGAAAGAGUCGCGUCGCCCGAUCAGGCGGCGAAGCGAGCUUCAUUUGUCGAGACCGGAUUCGUGGAGACGCUAACGCAGCAGUAUACGCCAGGACAGAGCAUCACGUCGCCCGCGCCGACGCCGCACGCAGAGGACCGGCUGGCCAACCUGCAGGCGCAGCAGGAGAUCACCCAACUCAAAUCCGAAGUAGAAGAUCUAAAGGAAAAGCUAGAAACCUUCCGCGUGAAGCGAGCCGAGGACCGAGAGCGUCUGCGCGAGUUAGAGCGAGUGAGACUGCAGUUAGAGCAGGCCAACGAGUUUAAAUCUCGCAUCAUGGAGUCGCAGGCGCAGCUGCAAAGAGACUUACAGAGGGCGAAGCAAGAGGUUCGUGAGGCUCAAGAGGCCCUGGACAACCACAAUGACGAAACUGCUGAACUGCAAGAGGCGGCCGAGAUGGCGGCGCUCGACAAAGAAAUGGCUGAAGAGCGCGCCGAAUCAAUCCAACUGGAGUUGGAGUCCUGCCGCGAGAAGUUGGAGGAGGCAACAUUGGACCUGCAACUCAUGCGCGCUGAAAUGGAGGCCUCAGGCAACACCCAGCACCCGUACGCAGCGACGGACGACCGCGCGGCCACCGGCUACGAGAUGCGGCAGCUGCAACAACAAAACUCCCGCCUGAGGGAGACGCUCGUGCGGCUCCGCGACCUCAGCGCGCAUGACAAGCACUCCAUGCAAAAGAUGAACAAGGACAUAGAUCAAUACAAGUCAGAGAUAGCGGAACUGUCUCGCACCAAGGAGAAGCUGUCCUCCAGGGUCGAGGAGUUGGAGGCCCAAGUUGCUGAUCUGAGAGAACAGGUGGACGCUGCACUUGGGGCUGAGGAGAUGGUGGAACAGCUGGCUGAGAAGAAGAUGGCGUUGGAAGACCAGGUGGAACAACUCAAACAGGACGUGUCCGAGCUGGAAGCACUUCAAGAAGUCCACGAGCAGCUGGUGGAGUCCAACCGAGAGCUGGAACAAGACCUGCGUGAGGAGCUGGAGAUGGCCCAGAGCGCCACCAGGGAGGUGGUGCGCGAACGCGAGGCAGCAUUCGAAACCAUCAUGGAUCGUGACUCCACCAUUCUCAAGUUUAGAGAACUGGUGCAGAAGAUGACUGAACAGUACAACGAGAUAAGGAACCAGUUGGAGUCAAAACAAGGUUCCCCAGCUCCAUCAGAGCAGGACACCCCCGAGCCCUCUCGCUCUCCCCCCGUGGAGCUCGGCUCGCUCGUGCAUCUCUCUCGCGCGUCCACGCGCUCCGUGGACUUGCAACUGCGCGCACUGGAGCUGGCGCAGGCACGCGCACGCGCAGACAUGCUAGCUGCGUGUCUGCCCGACCACUUCAUGCAGCCGGCGGGUGAUCACGACGCCAUCUUACUGAUUCUUCUGCUGCAGCGGCUCACCACCAAGGCUGACAUCAUUCUGGGGCAGAUCAGGGAACGGUUCCCGGCUGUGAAUGUGUGGGACAGGGAGGCGGUGACAAAGACGCAUACCGCCGUGCAAUACAGCUUCCGAUGCCAACUUGAAUACCAGCUGCACAUGAUACAGUGUAUAGUAUCGAUGUGGGUGUGGACCCUGGACUCCUGCAAACCAGAGCUGCUGCUGAAAGCUGCAAGUGCACUCCCAGAUGCAAGUCAGCAGGAGAAAGCCUUGGACGGCGCAUUGCAACUGCUGAAAACGAACGAGUUAGACGAAAACGUGGGGCUGGACGGUAUCGAGCGCUGCUGGAGCUACCUGUCCGCCAUGUGGUCCGCGCUCGGGCUGUCGGCGCUGGAGCCGGAGCCGGAGCCGGAGUCCCCGCGCGAGUGCGUCGCGCAUGCGUGCUGCGCGCUCGACGCGCUCGCCAGGGCGCUGCACGCCGACGCUAGCGCGCUACAGCAGACGUUACUGCAAUCCGAGCACGGGCUGGAGUUGGGGCAGCUGCACACGCACAUGAUAGCGACUGCGAGCACGCUGCAGCACGCCCUCAAGGGCGCGCGGCGCCGCCUGCCGCCCGCGCCGCACGCGCCGGUGCCGCUGCCGGUGCAGCUAAUCGAGAAGCUCCGCACGGAGGCGGCGGCCACGCUGUCCCGCUGCGCGCGCGCCUCGUACCUGGCGGCGCGCGCGGCCUGCGCAUGCGCCGCCACGGCCGGCGAGCGCGGCGACGGCGCGCCGCUGCAGCACGCCGUGCUGCUCAACGUGUGGACGCAAGCCACCAACAAGACUUAUCAGCAGGACGACCACGGGCCAGUGCGCACGAUCAAGCACGCUUUAGCGGCCGUGAGCGCCGACGUCACCAAACUGGCAACCAUGGCCGCCGAAAAGGAAUAUGACAUGAUGUCACUGACUAACGUAGCCGAUAAGCCGACUCCGCCUGUGGUGCUGCGCGCGCAGCUCGUCAAGAAACAGCUAGAGGAGACCAAGACUUUGACCAUCAAGCUGGAAAACAAGGAGGCUGAUAUCAAGGAGCUCAGGAAAGCGCUCAAGGCGAAGCAAGAGGAACUAUCAGAGAUGCAGAUCCGUCGCGAGCUCGGGGAGCGCAAGCUGACGGCGGCGGCGCGCGAGGCCGAGCUGAAGGCCGAGCAGCUGACGCGCAAACUUGACGACGCCAACAACCAACUCAAACGCAAAGAAAAGGAGUUCGAAGAGACAAUGGACCAUUUACAACAAGACAUAGACUCGUUGGAGACCGAGCGUGGCGCGCUCAGAGACAAGCUGAAACUAUAUGCCAAGCGAGGCGGGCAACAUCACGCGGUGGCGUCGCCGGCGGUCGUCUCCAGAGACUACUCACAUGAGACUCCGGUGAAGGUGGCGCCGGGCGUGGCCGCUGGAGAGGUGAACGAAGCCCUACAGCAGCAGCUCAAGGUGCUUAGCUGGACACUGGAACGCGAGCGCGCCGCGCGCGUGGCCGCGUGCCGGCGCGCCGAGACCGUGGCGGUGCGCAGCCUGCGGCCGCUCGACAACCCCGCCGCCCCGGCCGCCGUGGCCCGCCGGCACGCCGCCGCAGCCCUACAAGCACGCCUUGACACUUUACACUCGGAAUGGACGCUAUUCGUGGCUCGCUCGGGGCUUGUCAAAUUCCCCGAGGACCCGAGCAAGUACGCCAAGACAUUAGAGCAGCAUAAGGAGAAGCAGAGAGAGAUGAGGAAACAGCUAGAGGAGCGUCUAAUCGCACUUCAAAACGAAGUCCGCGAUCAACUGCUCCUCCACCGGCCGUGGCGCUGCGUGGAGGCUCCGUUGGCGACGUUCCCCGCUCCCGACCUCACCGGAGCCCUGGCGCCGCGGACGGUGCCUGUCGGAGCCCUGCAGUACCCCGCGCCGAGCAAUACUGAACACACUGUGUACGUCACACCGAGGCAGCUCGCUACGUUAAGAGAGCUGGUGGCUGAACUGAAAUCGGAUGACGUGAAACUGGAACUGAAGCCGCUCGACACCACCGUCUGCGCUGCUUAGAUAUUAUAAGAUAAUUCAUCUUAGAAAAUUACUAAAAGGUUAUUUCCAUACGAAGCUGAGAGUUUUAGGCUUGGGGCUUCUAUACGCCAUUACACCCAUAUCUAAAAAACCAGCCAAUUGCGAGUCGGACUCGCGCACGAAGGGUUCCGUACCAUUACGCAAAAAACGGCAAAAUAAUCACGUUUGUUGUAUAAGAGCCCCACUUAAAUAUUUAUUUUAUUCUGAUUUUACUAUUUGUUGUUAUAGCGGCGACAGAAAUACAUUUUGUGAAAAUUUCCACUGUCUAGCUAUCACGGUUCUUGAGAUACAGCCCGGUGACAGACGGACGGACGGACGGACACCGAAGUCUUAGUAAUAGGGUCCCGUUUUUACCCUCUGGGUACGGAACCCUAAAAAAGAAGGGAUUGUAAAAAAAAUUGAAUGAAAAUAAUGAAACUUAUGACUUUGUAUUGAGUUUAGAUCUCUUUAUUAAUUGAUUUCCUCCUGAUAAAGCCAUAAUUCAUUAAAUACCCUUAACCAGGCAUUUAAAUUAUGUACCUUCAACCGGGGUAAAUAGAAAUGGCGGGGGUGAAUAGGGAUAAAACUUGGAAUGGGAUUUACCUGACAAUUUCUUAAAAACAACACACACAAAUUGUAUCAUACAAAAUCUACUAUUAUUUCCAAUCGCAUGAUACAAAUUGUGUGGGUUGUUUUUAAGAAAUUAUCAGGUAAAUCCCAUUCCAAGUUCUUUCCCUAUUCACCCCCGUCAUCCGUAUUUACCCCGGUUGACGGUAUGUGAAAUUAUGACUUUAUAAGAUGAGUUAUUAUUAUUCAAUUCUGUCUUUUAAUUGAAUAAGUAUACUAGCGAUUAUCCGGUCUCUACUUAUAGAGAUGUUACGCGAUAUGUCCAUACGAAACAGACAUACAAAUUGACGAAUUUUGAGUUUUCCCAGUGAAAAUCUUAAUGUAAAUCGAAUUUAACGAAUAUAAAGUCGUUGACUCGACCUGCUACUCGGUAGCUUAGUUGUGGCCGUUGUGGGUUCGAUUCCCGCUUGGUGGAUAUUUAAUUAUUUAUUAACUUACGCUUCAAUGUAUUUUUAGCAAUGUAAGUAUAGAAGACAUUACGAAGGAAUUUAUUUAUUUUAAGAUGGCAGCUAUCGCUGAUUACAAAAUUUUAAAUAAAUGAAUGAUGAUUAUGUGAUUUGUUUAAUGUUAUAUUUAUUGUAUGUUCAGUGUUUGUAUAUGUAUGCGAAUAGCAUGAAAAUUACUGUUAGUAGUUUAUCGAUUUAGCCUAAAUUUUGCGGACAACAUAUAGUUUGGAUGUAUCAAAUUAUGUACAGUCGCCAUCAGAUAUAUCUGAGCGGCCGAGGUGGUCAAAAAUAUGUGAACACGCACUCUAACGCCUUGACAAUGAGGGCUAACGCGUAUGAAUUCGCCGCUAGGGGCGCUAGUGUAGAUGGUGGUCUUUUUCAUAGUUCGAAAUGUCAAAUGUCACUUGUCACUUCAAUGACUGACAGCUGUUCUUUAGUCUUUUGGACCACCAUCAACCGAGGCGCCAACUGUGAGCAAAAAAACGAUAGCCCUCAUAGAGGCGUGUUCAGAUAUUUGUGAGCACCUUGGCCGCUUGAUGGCGACUGUACAGUGAUAAAUUUGUACACGAUGAUAUGAAAAUUAUGUCACUGCUUGUAAGAUCACUAAAACAGUUUUAAUAACAAAAUUUUCGUUAUACACAAACAUUUUAUUUUAUGUUAUAAAAAUAUUAUUAUAAUGUGUGUAUAGAUUGUGACAUUAUUGAUUCUCAUGUUAAUUUUUGAUAACUUUGGAACGCACCAGAUAAUUUUUAUUAUAAUUAUAAUCGUUAAUAUUAUUAAACAUGUA